AUGGCCAAGGAUACGGUGUUGACACCAGAGGAUGAUGACGAUGAUUGGCAACUGGAGCCGAUAUUCACUGGCGUAUUGGUCAUUGAAUGGCACAUCAAGGAGCUGGGAGAUUUUUUUCGGCCCGCCCCGUUGGAUGAAGACUUUCCCCCUCACAUUACUACUACAACGCUUACGACGGACAUUAUCCAGUUCAUCGCUCGAACCGCUUCAGAGCACUUCGGAAACACGGUCAUCGUCUCGAGGAUCCCGUCGUAUUUCAGUGUAACGAGCGAUUUGAUGUUCAGCGUUGAGGCUGAUCCGUUCAUGCAAGCAGCCAUGGCGGGUGCCGAGCUAACGGAUAGGCUUGCUACAACGUGUCUCGUGCAGAAGCUUCCGAAGCACAAAGUUCUCGCCUUAAAGGUAGCCUUAAAGGCUCACAAUUGCCUCUACACAGAUCCAGAUAAAUUACAGCUUUUUGCUUAG